GCAAAGCUUUACGAAUAACUUCCGAUCGCAUGUCGAGCGCAGUCCGACUACUUCACGACAAAAUUGUGAUCAAAGAUGGCGACCAAAGAAGCAUUGGAGAAGAAGAGAAAGCAAUAUUUGUGGGAAAUUGGUGAACUUUACGCUAUAACUAGCCCCGAGUUAUCACGCUAUUACUUUUCUAAGUACCAGAGUUUGAUAAAGCACAGUCAAAAUGAUAAAAAURCKGAAAAACUAUGUGAAUAUUGUGGGAACCUCUUCGAUGGAAACAACACGAGAACAAGAAUAUUAAAGAAAAUAAGAACUCGAAAAAACAAAGAUAGUCACAGAAAUACAACUAAAAGUCUCAGAAAGAAUUGUGUCGUGUCUAUACGGUGUGGUAGCUGUGGAAAAACAUCAUUCAAGGAAGGUAGCAAGAAAAUAGCAAAUCUUACACACAUCAAAACUAAAAGAGUYGUCGAAAUCCAAGAAACGCACAAAGACGAGGAUGUAGGRCCAACUACCUUACCUGAUAAUUAUAGCUCGUUAUCAAAUUCAGCCAAGAGAAAGUGGAGGAAUAAAAUUCGUAUCAACAAGCUUAAAGAAAAAGGAGACUUUUUUAAUUGGAAAAGUUCAAUUGUUCAAAAGCCUAAUGACACCAAAACGAAUUUAAUGGCAUUUCUUUCUAACAUUGACAAGUAACGAACAAAAAACUCAUUACCAGACGGCAUUGGGAAAAGAACUUUUUAUUAAAAUAUAAAACAAUAAAAAUGAAAUUAUACAAUUCCAUUUAUAAUAAUAUACACUUUGUACACAACUUAUGUCAUCCUGCAACCCAGUUCACACUAGUAACAUUGCUAUAAUCUCUAUAUGUUAAUAAUCAUUUUAAUGAUUAAAAUUCUAAUUUUAAUGAUUAAAAUUCUAAUGUCAUGCGAACCAGGCCAAGUCUUCUCAUGACAAGACUUUGUAACUA